AUGGCGCCAAAAGCAACUGUAAACCUGCUCCAGACUGAUUACGAGAGUAUCGUCAACCGCUGGUUAGUGGAUUAUUAUUUGUUUCUGGCUGUGGAGGCGUUUAAAAAGGAGCGAUACGAUGACUUCCGUGGUAUCGGAGAUGUACUUAACAGUGUCUUGGCCCGCCCUUUGCAGUCUACCGAUGUCCUGCCAACAAAGAUUCUGGUACUACAGUUUCUCUCCAGGAUAAAGGAGGGUGAAAGUCUUGACGUGUACUUUGAGUCUGACCAGUCGAUAACUCCUCUGGAAUCAGCUUUAAAGUUGCUGGAGAAGAUGAGCCAGGGCUGCAAUAUUCCACAGCAGGACUAUGAGAAUGUAUGCACUUCAGUUAGAGAGAUGAUGGUGGGGAUUUUCAUUAAGAACAAUGAAUUUGCCAAAGCAAAAGAGGUGCUGAUCAAAUACUUUCCCAAACCAAUGGUUGGCAAGAAAGCUGUGUUCAUGGGUCUGAUCAGUAAGAAGAGUAAAAUGCACAAAGUCAUUGAGAAAAUCGACUUCCGCCAGUUCAGGGAAGAGAUGUUGGCCUUUUGCCAGAGGCUCUGCCCAGUUGGUGUUCCCUUUCUGCACAAGGCUGCACAACAGCAUAUUGAUAAAAGACUUACAGAGCAAGACGACAAGGCAGCAGCACCUGAUGAGCAAAUGAAACCUGACCCAUCCUAUUAUCCACAAAUAAACACCACCCUGUUUGCACCAUAUAAACAUACAACUAUCCAGAGAACCAGGCUGGAGGCAUCCUACAAGACCUUGGCUGCAGGUUCACACAAAAGAACAUUUGCUCAGCUUCAGGAAGAGGUGGAGGGAGAGGACCAGGCGGUAAUUGCAGACUUUUCCCUGCGCCUCUCACCUUCUCCCAAGAGGGACUCCAAUGAGGACUCGGAGCAAGACAGCCUGUUUCAGAGAGACUUGGGCAGCCCGAUGGAGGCUUCCCCAGCUGACCUCACAGGCAGGUUCACUCUCAAACACACCCUCAGUGCAGAGGACAACAGGCGGGAUUACAUUGUGAGACGACUGGUGGUCGAACCGGACAGUCAGACGAGCUCGCAGUGCUCAGCGGCUUCUCAGGAGCUGGAGACUGAAGCCAGAGCAGAAGACCCACCACAGACACCGACUGUAUCCAGUAAACAAGACCCACAGAGCCCACUAACAGACAGUGAGGUUACCAAACCCUCACGGAAUCACCACAAACGAACCAGCAAAAGUUGCACCUGCAAACUGUACAAUAAUGCAAAGGAGAGCAAGGAAAUAUGGAGCUUUGAGGAGUCAUAUUUCACCUCCAGAAAGAGCAGCGGAUCGAAUGAGAGCACCAUUUCAAAUUCAGGCCGCAGGAGGAGGAAGUGGACUGAAAGUGAGACACAGAAGUUGAAAGAAGGGGUCAAAAAAUUUGGAGAGGGGAACUGGAGUAAGAUAAAGGCAUAUUACAUCUUAAGUGAUCGAACAAAUGUGAACCUCAAGGACAGAUGGAGAACACUGAAGAAGUUAAACAUGGUCUGAGCGGGUUCAAGACAAGUUCAACUGGAGUACAAUGGACUUCACUUUCUUUGAUGAAAUUUUGUUUUCCGAGGAAUAUGGGUUUUUCCUACACUUCAGAGGUAUUUUUUUUCUAAUGUUUCUACAUUAAUCAUGUUAGUAUUGUAAGAAAGUAUUGUAAAAUUUAAGUUCAUAUAAGAAGGCAACUUGGAAAUAAAUACAAAGACAUUA